UUAAUUUUUUUUCCGGGUCUAGGGAUUUGAGUACAUUUUCAACAGGCCAGGUUGGGGUCACUGACCUGGACACACGCACACAAUACUUUAUACGGAGGUUUUCAACACAAUGUGUAACCAAUAAUACUUCUUUCAUGGUUGUUGAUUAUACUGAAGCCUAUGAUUUGCGUUGGGGUGUUUAUGGACACGCCUGUUUUACUUUCUUAUAUGGGGCGCACUGGAAGAAUCCAUUCUUUCUUGGGGAACGUUUAGGCGGUUGAAUAUGGAAAAGUUCGUAUCUAGACAAUGUUCUUUGGACUUAAAAUAGAAUGUCACGGAAUUUAAUUUCGAACUAGCUUGAUUAAACAAAAGUCAUUGUUUCAUUGGACAUGUAUUUGGACUGGUCUGAUUCACAUUUAUCGUUGGAUGCACAGGAAGAGUCCAUUCUUGCACGGGAAACUCUUUUUUGCAUUGAUUUUUGGACUAGGAUGAUCAAGUCUAGACGUUGUUGGACCUCUCCACUUAACAUAGAGAUGUCACCGGGAAAUUCCGUGCUUUUAAAUAAUCUAGAAGUUGAAUUUGAACCUUAGGCCGUGAUUCAAAAUUACUUUUGUAACUUUUUGUAAAGUGUUUAAUGACUUCAAGGAGGUUGAAUAAGGGAAAGGAGUCGGCUCAUAAUUAGCACCCCGCCGUAGCCUUUGUUUGGGCCUGCCAAACCCCGUCGCGUCUCAUUGUUCGGCGUGCCGGCGGCGCUUCUUUGUGAGGCCAUGUUUGACUCCCAUGAACCCGCCAAAAAUGCCGCAUAAUGAGCCAGCCAUGACGUCAUAGGCCCGAUGUGGUCCGAGCAGGACCCGAGCAGCUGCCGAGGUGUCGACGGUAUAGGUUCAGUUUCCGACAAUUUCCUUAUUUGGGUUGCGCACUAGGGCUGCGCAAAGGACAGCAUCUUGGAGAGGACAACAUGGCCGACACGUAGAUAUUUGUUUCAUCGCUCUACGACGAAAAUGGAUCACAAACAAAAGCUCGCCAAUGUUUGUAGAGUAUGUGGACUUAGAUUCAAAUUUGAGAAAGGGCGAAAACCAAAACCAGUGAGUGCUUUUAGAGAAGCAGUUGUCUACUUGUACAAUGGCUAUGAUGUUCAGCAAGACAUAGAGGAUGUCCACCCACCUUCUGUUUGCGAGAAGUGCCGUCGUGCCCUGGCCAGGGUUCAAAACUUAAUUCUGACAGGGAAUGCACCGACCCCCAUGCUGCCUACUAAACUGCCCGACUUUGGUCCUCAUGGGGAUCCGUGUAACAUCUGUGUGUACAAGCAAGGAGGUUAUGGUAGGCCCCCGAAAAAGUAUUUUUUUAGUAAAGUGAGAGUCCCAUCUUCUGCAGAGACCACGGCCACACUUGAGCCUGUCUUGUCCGAGCCCACCAUGUCCGACUUUUCUAAGACUGCCACGCCGCCUGCCAUGUCCGAGCCUGCUACGCCGCCUACCAUGUCCAAGCCUGCCAUGUCCGAGCCUGCCAUGUCCGAGCCUGCUACACCACCUGCCAUGUCCGAGCCUGCCAUGUCUGAGCCUGCUACCCUGCUACGCCCCUGCUAG